GCCUUUGCACCUCGCUAUUAUCCAUGAGCAGACGGCUGUGAUCAAGCAGCUGAUCGAGGUCAUUGUUAGCAUCCCCAGGCAGCAGAUCAUCAACAUCUCCAACAACUUGCAUCCGCCCCACUUGUCCCGGCUCCGGCUGCAAGCCCAUGCCGACCCCCCCUUUCUGGACCGCUACGGCAAUUCCCUGCUGCACCUGGCGCUCCAGGCUGGCGAUGAAGAGAUGCUGAGGAUGCUGCUGGCCCACCUGGGCUCGGCUGCCCCUUACCUGCUCCACCUGCCCAAUUUCCAUGGCCUCCCGCCUGUGCACCUGGCAGUGAAGGCAAAGAAUCUGGCCUGCCUGGACCUGCUGGUCAGGAAGGGAGCGGAUGUGAAUGCGGUGGAGAGGCAGGGCGGGAGGACCCUGCUGCACCUGGCCGUGGAGAUGGAGAACCUGAACAUGGCCACCCACCUGGUGAAGAAGCUGGGAGCAGAUGUCAACAGCCGGACCUUUGCUGGGAACACCCCUCUGCACCUGGCUGCUGGCCUGGGCUCCCCCACCCUCACCAAACUACUCCUCAAAGCUG